AUGCCUAGACAAAGAAGAUCUGCUCCAGCUCCAAGACAACAAACUAGAUCAGCACAUACUGCUGCUGCUCCAGCUCACCAUGCUCCACCACAAACUUAUCCAUCUGCUCAUCCAGCUCAACCAGUACAAACUCAAUCCAGUCAACCAGGUUUGUUUGGACAAAUGGCUUCCACUGCUGCUGGUGUGGCCGUUGGUUCUACUAUUGGACACACUUUAGGUGCUGGUAUCACCGGUUUAUUUGGUGGUUCUUCUUCAUCUGCUCCAGCUGAAGCUCCAGCUCAACAACAACAAGUUGCCGCUUACCAACAACAACAAACUCAAGAACAAGCUAAGCAUUGUGAUGCUGAUGCCAGAAAUUUCACUAGAUGUUUAGAAGACAAUGGUGGUAACAUGCAAAUUUGUGAUUACUAUUUACAACAAUUGAAGGCAUGUCAAGAAGCUUCAAGACAAUAUUAA